CAGCUUGCCCGCAUGGUGAAACUUCACCGCUGUUCGCAUCAUAACAGUUUGAAAAUGGAUCUUGCAGAAGGAUACGUUUUACAAUAUCCAAUUGAAAAAUGCCCGGCUAAUUAUGUGAAUCUCGUUGGGAGCAGAGUCGAAGUUUUAACAAUCAAUCACACCAAAUUUGUUGGACAAAUCUACUCAAUGGAUCCAAUAAGUGGAAGUCUUUUUAUGAUGAUAGAUCGUUGUAACCAAGAAGAAAGAAGUAUAAAAUUAAUCAUAGGAAAUUCAAUUAAGUAUCUCAAAGUUAUUAAGAUGACAACAACUGACACAAGAACCCUUCCCGAAGAAAAUGGGUUGCAAGGACCUAGUUCUCAGCAUUCAGAAGAUUGGAAACAGCUGAAAGAUGCCUUAAAGAAAUGGUUCCACGAAAGUCGUAUUCCAGUAAAUGAAAAUAAUUAUGGGUGUCUUUUAGUGCUCAAUGAAAUAGUGGUAGGACCUCCAUACAGGCCAGAAAAUUGUUCUGGUACCAAUGAAGUUAUGUUGUGGCGAGUUCAAAAACUACUUGAGAAUUUUUAUCAGAAGUAA